AUGACUGGUCUCCUUCAAUUCAGUCUUUUCAUCUCCCUCUUUUGCUCGGCCUUUUCUUUCAGUGUCAGUCCCUCCACACUGAACUCGCCACGGUUGGAAGCCUCUGCUGUAAAGAGCAUGUUCUGCGAGAAAGUUGCCUCCAGGCAUGGAUCAUCGCGGGCAAGCGGAGUAUGCGUGCAGCACAUGAAACCCGAACGACUCAAGGAGGAGGUUGCUGGUUUCGUGACCAGUGGUGAGAUGAACAUAGAGGACCUGCUGAGGGAAACCGACUCCGACCUCAAGAUCUCAGAAACCGACCUGAAGAAGCUCAGGGCGCUGCGACUGCAGAGAGAGGCACAGGAUGCGAUCAACGAAGCCAAGGCUGCCAGGCACAGAGCCGACAUUAUGAAGCAGAAACUUCCCAAGGAAGAUAGGCCCUUCUCGAACGGACUCAGCGAUCGGUUGAGCCCCUUGUCAAUGCAGAUGCACCAACAAUCCUUCGAAUACUUGUCAAAGUGCCCCAUCAGAGAACUUCGGCAGCUUCUGGUUCAGGCGGCUCUAGAAGAGACAAGAUGUGUCUUGUUUCAAAAGAUAGCUUCUAUAGAGCCCCGCGACUUGCUGGAACUAGUAGGCAAUGGUUUAAAGCGCUUAAAGGAAUUUCUUCUUUCCAUCACAACCGAGCUUGAAUCGUCGCAUUGCAUGUACCAUGAUAUCCAUUGGCUGUCGACCAUCUCGGUGUCAGAAAUCGGUUGA